UGUAUCCUGCAAUGGCUUAGGCUGGAGGAGCACAUCUGGCUUUGCUGAAUGGGAUGUGAAACAUGUAAGACAAUCUUGUAUUUCAAUGGAGGGGCCAAAACUGAAACAGGAGAAACAAAAGGCCGGGAAAACAGUUAGGUUCAGAGUAGCGUCUGCCAACAGCGGCCGUGUCUUAGCGGAGGUGUUCAAGGAUGAAAAGGCCUGGUAUGGAUCUGUGUCAGACUCGGUGGACUCGGACUGCACCAGCAGCCCAGACACAGAGCAGGGGGGCUCUGUUCCCAUCAGCGAGGCCAACAGCCACCUCAAUGGUCUGGUGGUCGGAGCUGCUGUGGACGAGAAUGGCUGCGAACCCGACGAGCUGCUUCUGUACGCCAGUGCCAAGAGAGAGAUGUUCUUCAGCAACAAGCGGAUCAAUAUCUGCAGCAAAAAUGGGACGAUAAGAGGAGUGAGGAACAAAGUGAGCGCAGGCCAAGUGCUUUUCAACAACCUCUCCAACGUGUAUGCUGGUAACCUUCGUCAACAGAAAAGAAGACCUUGGGAAAAGGAGUAAAUACUACACAAAGAAAAGUAAAAAGAGGCAUGUAGCUGAUGAUCGACUCCACCGGUUCACUUAAAGUACAAGUAUCUGGUCAACUACAUUUCUUCAUACUCAAGAAUUUGUCCUUCAAAGGUCAUUGCUUUACCAGCAAACAUGUUUGUAACAGAAGCCUGGAAAUAUGGACAGAUUUUUAAUAAUUCAUG